GUAGUAAUUAGCCAUGCUGUGACCAAAACUAGUCCUGAAGGGAGUAACACAAACAGGCGGUUUGCGCAGAUGCUAUUGACAAAAUUCAAUUCGCGUUGGGAGAAACAACCCAUGCAGAAAUCUCCGUGCUCUUCUAAUAUAUAUAAGUAGUGCAUAUUACCGGAAAGGAUCGCCUUAUCGGUUAGUAACCAUGGCUGGAGGUAUGUGGUUCAUUGUAUCGGUUCCUACGGAAAGUUACGAAAAACAAUGCAUAGAUAACGCGGCAAAGAAGAAUGAUGUUGAAGGAUCUUAUCAAACUUUGUCGGCCUACACGACGCCGAGCACCGAAACAUUUUCCACUGCUUACACUCAUUCAGAUAGUGAAGAAAUAACAAAUGGCCAAGAAAAGAAUAAUGGUGAUCAUGAAGUUUUAAUGAGAAAGUCAUCUAGUAAGAUAUUAGAAACUAUACCUGAAAAUGCAGCAAAGAAAGAGGAUGAAAAAAAUGAUGUGACUAGUGUUGAUUCAGAACAUUUAGUCUAUUUUGUGGAUAAUGUGCCUUUGGAAAAGAUUUUGAAAGAGACAUUAGAUUCAUUAGGAAUUGUUAAUGCUGUAUGGACAUUAGCUAAAGAAGGUAAAUUUCAUGAAAUUUCAUUUCCUUGUGAACCAGGCUACAAGUGUGAUUUGAUUUUACGCGCCUUAAUAACUAAAGGAAUUGGAUUUCGAGGAGGCUCAACAAUAGGCGCUUUCACCGCACCAAUGCGGAAGCGCCUAUUAAAGUCAGUAUGCUCAUCUAUCUGCAUUAAAAAAUUUGCAGUCUGAAUGGAUAUUGAUGAAAUUUGAUGAUAAAGGUAUUUACAAAACAUUAUUGAUAAACUUUUAAAUUUUUUACAUAAAACCAUGAAUACCUU